GCACGAUGCGGAUGCCGCGCUGAAGGCUUUCCAAGGUUUUGAGGGGCAGGUAUUGGAGAUCGACGAGGCGACGAACAAGCGGUUGCUUUGGAAGAUUGACUGCCAUUUGAUGCCGGUAUGUUAAUGUGAAGGCAUGGAGCUUGUGUGGAAUUGGGAUCUCGAACUUUGAGGGGGAGACAAUAGGGGCCUAUGCUGAUUUGAUGAUGAAUAGAUCAUGUGUCUAGUAUACGGCCUGAACUACCUAGACAAGACCACCCUGAGCUACGCCUCUAUUAUGGGCAUCAAGAAACCACAUAGCGACGACAAAUUGACGAGCGGAAUCGACUUGACCGGCAACCAGUAUUCCUGGCUUGGCUCAAUGUUCUACUUUGGCUACCUCGCGUGGGAGUAUCCAACGAAUCGGCUUUUGCAAAGACUGCCGCUUGGGAAGUACUCUGCUUUCAACAUCAUCAUGUGGGGCCUCGUGCUCUCAUGCUUCGCCGCAGUCGAGAACUACGCCGGCGCCAUCGCCAUCCGUUUCUUCCUCGGAGUAUUCGAAUCAGCAGUAACACCCGGCUUCGCCCUCUUCACGAGCCAGUGGUACACCAAGAAAGAGCAAGGAACUCGGACGGGAAUCUGGUUUUCCUUCAAUGGCUUCGCACAAAUCUUCGGCGGCCUUGUCGCCUACGGCAUCGCAGUCGGCACCCAAAAACACGGCACGAGCAUCGAGCCCUGGAAAAUCGUCUUCCUCGUCACCGGCCUCCUGACCAUGUGCAUGGGCAUCGUCUUCCUCUUCAUUAUCCCCGACAACCAAAUGAACGCGCGAUGGCUGAGCAAGGAAGACCGCCUGCUCGCCAUCGAGCGGAUCCGCAUCAACCAGCAAGGCGUGGGCAACAAGCACUUCAAGUGGUACCAGCUCCAAGAAGCCCUGCUAGACCCGCUGAGCUGGGCCUUCUUCUUCUACGCGCUGGUCGCUGAUAUCCCGAACGGCGGCAUCUCCAACUUCUUCUCGCAGCUCAUCGUCGGGUUCGGGUACACGCCCCAGCAGUCCCUCCUCUACGGGACGCCCGGCGGUGCCGUCGAAGUCGUAUUCCUGAUCGUGUGCGGGUAUCUCGGGGAUCGCUUCGGACACCGCAUCUUAAUCUCCUCGUUUGGCCUCGUUGUCGCGAUCAUCGGCAUGGUGCUGAUCGUCGCGCUACCGCUGCACAACAACAAGGGCCGGCUUGCUGGAUACUAUCUUACCCAAGCCAGUCCAACCCCGUUCGUGGCUCUCCUGAGUCUGAUCUCGACAAACGUAGCCGGGUAUACGAAGAAGACGACCGUGGCGGCGAUGUAUCUGGUCGGGUAUUGCGCGGGGAAUAUCAUUGGGCCUCAGACCUUCCGCGCGAGUGAUGCGCCCCGCUACGUCCCCGCCGAAGUCACCAUCAUCGUCUGCUGGGGCGUGUGCCUCUUCGACCUCGCCUUCAUCCAUCUGUACUGCAUCCACCAGAACAAGAAGAAGGCGAAGGUGCGCUACGCGCCGGAGUACGAGAGGCUGGAGAAUCAGGAGUGGCUCGAUCUGACGGACAAGGAGAACCCGGAGUUCGUGUAUACGCUCUAAGUUUGAUUGUUUGAAAUUCGUUAGUAUUGAGGAUUAGGUAGGUAGGUAGGUGGAUAUAUGGGAUUUCAGAAACCAGAUCGAAAUGCCUCUGUUCAAGUAUUGACGUUGAUGUAUAUUGUUCUAAAAGUAUGCUCGAAUUCCAUACUCGUGUAAAAUGCAAGACCGGCAGCAGGAAAUUC